AUGCCCAGCACCAAACGUGAAUCUUCUUCUUCCCCUAACGACCCCUCCACCCCUUCUCCUAAGCCCAAAAAAAUCAAGUCGUCUCCCUCUUCAUCUACCACACCUAAGAAAGAAAAGACGUCGGGAAGUAGAGGAGAAUUUGGAAAGUUGACCGAUGCCAUGAGGGCGGAAUUGUUAGAUGAAGUGAUUGCACAUGGUGCUAAAAGUGUUAAUCUUGAAGAGAUUGCUCAGAGGUUCGGAGUGAAGAAAUCUCAAUUGAUAGAUCAACUGAAACCGAAUCGUACCAAUAUCCGAUCUAAAGCUGUCAAAGCUAUUGCUAGUGGUGCAUAA